UUACCCCUUCCUCUCUAUUUAAACCUCCUCCUCCCUCCCUCCACUCCUCAAAAACCAACACUCCACCACCGGUACACCACCGACUUUUUAUCUCUUCACCACAUUCUUCAAACACUUUCCUCACUUAUACUUCCCUCGGCUUUUAGAGUUUUUGAGUUUUCGGUUUCUCGUAAUUAACAUGGAGGCGAAAACCAUCACGCAAAAUGGUCAAAACGGCCACCAGAACGGAGUGUCGGAGUCCCCGCUGUGCAUUAAAAAGGACCCAUUGAACUGGGGUCUAGUGGCUGAUUCACUUAAAGGUAGCCACUUGGAUGAAGUAAAGCGUAUGGUGGCGGAGUACAGAAAACCGGUGGUGAAGCUCGGCGGAGAGAGUCUCACCAUUUCCCAAGUUGCAGCCAUAGCCACUCAUGACACCGGGGUCAAGGUUGAGCUGUCUGAGUCGGCCAGGGCUGGGGUCAAGGCCAGCAGUGAUUGGGUCAUGGAUAGCAUGGGCAAAGGGACUGACAGCUACGGUGUCACCACCGGGUUUGGUGCAACCUCCCACCGGAGAACAAACAAAGGAGCUGCCCUUCAAAAGGAGCUAAUUAGAUUCUUGAACGCUGGAGUGUUUGGAAGUGCUACAGAAUCAGGCCACACACUGCCACACCAAGCAACAAGAGCAGCCAUGUUGGUCCGAAUCAACACACUCCUCCAAGGCUACUCCGGCAUAAGAUUCGAAAUCUUGGAAGCCAUCACCAAGUUCCUGAACAACAACGUUACUCCAUGCUUGCCCCUACGCGGUACUAUUACCGCCUCCGGAGAUCUUGUCCCGCUAUCCUACAUCGCCGGAUUACUCACCGGCAGGCCUAAUUCCAAAGCAGUCGGACCAACUGGGCAGACCCUCAGUGCCUCAGAAGCUUUUGAGCUAGUAGGGAUCAAUUGCGGGUUUUUUGAGUUGCAGCCUAAAGAAGGGUUAGCUCUUGUGAACGGCACUGCUGUUGGUUCUGGCUUGGCCUCCACGGUUCUUUUCGAGACCAACAUUUUGGCAGUUCUAGCGGAGAUUUUAUCAGCAAUUUUCGCUGAAGUGAUGCAGGGGAAACCGGAGUUUACUGAUCACUUGACGCACAAGUUGAAGCACCACCCUGGACAGAUUGAGGCAGCUGCAAUUAUGGAACAUAUUUUGGAUGGCAGCUCUUAUGUCAAAGCUGCUAAGAAGUUGCAUGAGCAGGAUCCCCUGCAGAAGCCAAAGCAGGAUCGCUACGCUCUCCGAACAUCACCUCAGUGGCUGGGACCUCAAAUUGAAGUGAUUCGUUUCUCCACCAAGUCCAUUGAGAGGGAGAUCAACUCAGUUAAUGACAACCCUUUGAUCGAUGUUUCGAGGAACAAGGCCUUACAUGGAGGCAACUUCCAGGGGACCCCAAUUGGGGUUUCCAUGGACAACACUCGCUUGGCGAUUGCAUCCAUUGGCAAGCUCAUGUUUGCACAAUUUUCUGAGCUUGUCAAUGACUUUUACAACAAUGGUUUGCCUUCAAAUCUGUCAGGAGGCAGGAAUCCUAGCUUGGAUUACGGUUUCAAGGGGGCUGAAAUUGCCAUGGCAUCCUAUUGUUCUGAGCUGCAGUUUCUUGCAAAUCCGGUAACUAACCAUGUCCAGAGUGCUGAGCAGCACAACCAAGAUGUUAACUCUUUGGGGUUGAUCUCUUCAAGGAAAACAGCUGAAGCUGUUGAUAUCUUGAAGCUCAUGUCUUCCACAUUUUUGGUUGCGCUUUGUCAGUCCAUCGAUUUGAGGCAUUUGGAGGAGAACUUGAGGAACACUGUGAAGAACACGGUGAGCCAAGUAGCAAAGAGGACUUUAACAACUGGGGUUAAUGGAGAGCUUCACCCCUCAAGGUUCUGUGAGAAGGAUCUGCUUAAAGUUGUCGAUAGGGAGUAUGUUUUUGCCUACAUUGACGACCCCUGCAGUGCCACUUACCCAUUGAUGCAAAAACUAAGGGAAGUGCUGGUUGAACAUGCUUUGACAAAUGGCGAAAAUGAGAAGAAUGCAAGCACUUCGAUCUUCCAAAAGAUUGGAGCUUUCGAGGAAGAGCUGAAAGCGCUUUUGCCUAAAGAGGUUGAGAGUGCAAGGAGUGCAAUUGAGAGCGGAAAUGCUGCAGUCCCAAACAGGAUUGCGGAAUGCAGGUCUUAUCCCUUGUACAAGUUUGUGAGGGAGGAGUUGGGGGGAGAAUACCUAACCGGGGAGAAGGUCAGGUCACCGGGCGAGGAGUGUGACAAGGUGUUCCAAGCCAUCUGCCAGGGUAAGAUUAUCGACCCAAUUCUGGGUUGCCUCGAGGGUUGGAACGGCGCACCUCUGCCUAUCUGUUAGCACGUCACGGUUUGAAUGCUGCAUUCCUUCACAUUCAACUUCAUCUGUGUCCAUAAGUUUGAUUGCAUUGCUGGUCAAUUAGCCUGUGUGACUAUACCUAUUUUUACCUAAUAAAAUGUAAAACCAUCUGUUUUUGCUUUUU